AUGCCCGGGAGCUCGCGCAUUCCCCAGAGCCUCCGCGGCAGUCUGGAGAGCGUCAAGCGCCGGAGACAGGCGCUGUCGCUCAGCAUCAUUAACAUCGACCUCAUCAAGAACAUCAUCUUCUUCUACUUCGUCCUCCGGUGGACCCGGCGUCUCUGGUGGAAGCUCAAGGGCCGCGGCAUCAUCGGCGCCAUUCUCGAGCUGUACCGCGACAUUGAACGCACGCUGUAUGGCUACUUCCUACGAGCGCCGGGCGUGCGCGGCCAGGUGCAGAAGAAGGUCCAGGAAUCCCUCGACAAGAUGGCCAACAAGCUGGUACCUCCCGGCCAGACAAAGUACCUGGCGCUGCCCAAGGAGGGCUUGACGGACGAGGCGGUGCGCGCGGAGCUCGACGCCCUGGCCAACAUGGAUCACACCCGCUGGGAGGACGGCUACGUCUCCGGCGCGGUGUAUCACGGCGAGGACGACCUACUGAAGCUGCAGACGGAGGCCUUUGGCAAAUUUACCGUGGCGAACCCGAUCCACCCGGACGUCUUCCCGGGCGUGCGCAAGAUGGAGGCCGAGAUUGUGAGCAUGGUGCUCAACCUGUUCCAUGCCCCUGUUGGUGCUGCCGGUGUGACGACCUCGGGCGGAACCGAGAGCAUCCUGAUGGCUGUGCUGUCUGCGCGCCAAAAGGCCUAUCACGAGCGUGGGAUUACGGAGCCUGAGAUGAUCCUGCCGGCAACUGCCCACACGGCUUUCCGCAAGGCUGGCGAGUACUUCAAGAUCAAGAUCCACUACGUAGACUGCCCUGCUCCCACAUACCAAGUAGACGUCCGCAGGGUCGCCCGCCUGGUCAACCGCAACACGGUGCUGCUGGUGGGCUCUGCGCCCAACUUCCCGCACGGCAUCAUCGACGACAUCUCGGCUCUGAGCAAGCUGGCGCUUCGCAAGAAGCUGUGCCUGCACGUGGACUGCUGCCUCGGCUCGUUUGUCAUUGCCUGCCUGGACAAGGCGGGCUUCGAGACGCAGCCGUUCGACUUCCGGCUCAAGGGGGUGACGAGCAUCAGCUGCGACACGCACAAGUACGGGUUCGCGCCCAAGGGCAGCUCGACGGUCCUGUACCGCACGGCGGAGCUGCGGUCGUACCAGUACUUUGUCUCGCCCGACUGGGCCGGCGGCGUCUACGCCUCGCCUGGCAUGGCGGGAUCGCGGCCUGGAGCGCUGAUAGCCGGUUGCUGGGCUAGCAUGAUGCGGCUGGGCGAGACGGGCUACGUGGACGCCUGCGUCAAGAUUGUGGGGACGACCAAGAAGAUUGCCGAGGCGAUCCAAAACGGCCCCGUGCUCAGCAGCGAGCUGGAGCUGCUCGGCAAGCCGCUCGUCUCCGUCGUGGCCUUUUCGGCCAAGAACCUGGACGUGUACGACAUUGCGGACGGCAUGUCGGCCAAGGGCUGGCACCUCAACGCGCUGCAGAGCCCGCCGGCUAUCCACGUCGCCGUGACGAUGCCCAUCGUCAAGGUGUGGGAGCGGCUGGUGAGCGACCUGGAGGCGGUGGUGGAAGAAGAGCGUGAGAAGGAGAGGGUGCGGCUGGUGGAGGGCAAGGGGGCCAAGGGCAAGGCGAUGGGCGAUUCGGCUGCGCUGUACGGCGUGGCGGGAUCGCUGCCGAACAAGGGGGUCGUUGUUGAUCUGGCUACCGGGUUUCUCGAUUUGCUGUACAAGGUAUGA